AUUGUGCAGGCCUGCUUUAGACAAACCUUGAUUGCACGCUGACUGCACUUCUGCUCUGGGUUACGUUAGCCACUUUAUCUCCUGGGCUGUUGCUGUCAGAUUUCUGAGCUGAAGUGCUUUGGGCAAAGGUUGCAAAAUGUAGAGAACGGGUGAUCCAAAAGUUUCCCAUUCAGAAGAGUUGUUCUGAGUUGGAUAAUCAGAUCCAGCCCUUUCAGACUCGAAACAAUGGUUUUGAAUUCAGAAACAUAACCUGACUGCUCUUCUUGUCUUCCCCAGGGCUUAAAUUUUAGCGGAGCAGACCUCUCUCGUUUAGAUCUCCGGUACAUCAACUUCAAGAUGGCCAACCUGAGCCGAUGCAACCUGGCCCACGCAAACCUCUGCUGUGCAAAUCUUGAACGGGCUGAUCUCUCUGGAUCUGUUCUAGAUUGUGCCAACCUUCAGGGUGUAAAGAUGCUAUGCUCAAAUGCAGAGGGAGCAUCACUGAAAAGCUGCAAUUUUGAAGACCCUUCUGGCCUUAAAGCUAACCUGGAAGGUGCCAACUUGAAAGGGGUUGAUAUGGAAGGAAGUCAGAUGACUGGCAUCAAUCUCCGAGUUGCAACUCUAAAGAAUGCAAAAUUGAAAAACUGCAACUUGAGAGGAGCCACCCUAGCAGGAACUGACUUGGAGAACUGUGACCUGUCAGGCUGUGAUCUUCAAGAGGCCAACCUGAGAGGGUCGAAUGUGAAAGGAGCCAUCUUUGAAGAGAUGCUGACACCAUUGCACAUGUCUCAGAGCGUCAGAUAGGUUACUGGCAGAACAAGAGCCCCGCUGCAGACUGUUGGUGCUCAGUGUGGGGAAUGACAUUCCUUCCACAGUGUGUUUUUCUCAGUGUGAUCUGAGGAGCUGCUGCUGGGUGGGGAGAGGGACUUUCCCCUGUCUUAGGCAUAGGAAUAGCUAUUGAAUCCAGUUGGGACAAGAAGCUUGCUCUUAAUUCCCAAGGACAUUGCUGCCUUGGCUCUACCUUGCUCUAGAACACUUCUUAAGAAAUAUAUUUAUGAAAGCACAAUAUAUGCAAUUUAUAUUUAUUCAACUUCCAAUGUGGAUUUUUAAAAAAUGAUCAGUUCACACAUAGUAGCAAGAUCUCUGGCGUUCAGCCUGGAUUGGUGAACCUUUAUUUAUAGUGGCUCAUUAAAUGGGGGAAGGGGAGGAGUUGGAGAAUUGAAAGGUACCCAGAUUUGAAACUUCUUGGCAAAACAGAAACAGCUGUAUCUCUUAAAGAAUCAUAAUGGAUAAGCUUUGGGUCUUAUUUUAAACCAGUUAUGCAGUACAGGUAGUCCUCGACUUACGACCAUAGUUGGGACCAGAACUUCUGUUGCUAAGCUGUGGUUGUUAAGU